AAAACUGUGCAGUGACGAGAAAAAAGAGUGUCUCAAAGUCUUUCCAACUGUUCUUGCUUCACUGCCGUGUGACGAACGCGUGAAGAGCCCACGUGAAGAUGAGGAAAACAAUCGCUGUUGUCCUGCUUCUGCUUUUGCACUCAACCACGGAAAUAGUCACAGCUGCAUCAGUGCGCUUCAGCGAGGAGACGAAUCUCGUGAGCCUGGGCCCGGUGUUUGGGGAGGUUCCGCACGAAGUCGAGGCCGCCGUGGGUCACACUGUGAUACUGUCGUGCAUCAUCCACAAUGCUGGCGACAGGACGGUGUCGUGGCUGCGCAUGAAGGACUACAGCAUCCUGCUGAUGAACAACACCAAAUUCACCACGAAUCCGCGCAUCGAUCGCCAAGAUCCGCCGCCGGCGAGGAACGUGUGGAAUCUCGUGAUCAGCAACGUGCAGCGAAGCGACGAGGGCGUGUACGAGUGCCAAGUGUCCACGGAGCCCAAGAUGAAGAGCAUCGUGAAGCUGAAAGUCAUCGAGAGUUCCGAGCCCGAGGUGGCGAUGGCGGACACGCCCUUCGUCACGACGCAGAUCGCGGGGCCGCGCGAGGAGGUGGUCAAAGUGGGCUCCGUGGUGACCUUCCAGUGCUCCGCCGUGCACCGGCUGAACGGCUCCGAGGGCGGCCGCGUGACGUGGCUGAAGGACGGUCGGCCCGUGGAGAAGCACGAGAGCCCGCGCGGCGGCGUGAGCGUGUACACAGAGUGGAAGCCGCACGUGGUCGUGAGCAGACUCACGCUCAUCGCGUCCGACACGGAGGACAACGGCGCGUACUCGUGCUCGAUUCCGGGCAGCGGCACGGACACCGUGAUGCUGCUCAUCGACGCAGGCAAAGCCGGACUCCUGACAUCUUCCGCCAGCGCCAGCAGAGCGGCGGCCCUCCUGCCGCUCGCCCUACUCCUGUACAGUGUGAGAAAUUAA